CAUUUGAAACAAUAGCUUUAUCAUAGACUAAAUUCUCUUGUGUGCAUGGCUGUGCAACUGGUUCCUUGUGUUAUCUGUUCCACUCAUUUAUUUUUUUAUUUCUGCACCAGUAUUAAAGCGUUUAGUUGUUUUAACCUUAGAAUAACUUCCUAGAACAAGAAGAGAAAAAUCCCCCUUUGAUGCUGCUUCCUUUUUCAAAAUAUAUCUUAGUAUUUGUCUGCAUUUUUUUCUUCCAUUCAGUGAGGAGUCAGCUUGUCAAGGUCUACAGAAGAAACCCUUGUGACUAUUUGAUUGGGAAUGAAUUGAAUUAAUAAGUUCAUUUUAGUUAAAUUGGCAUCUUUACAAUAUUUAGUUUUCUUACCCAGAAAUAUUAUAUGUCUCUAAGUCUUUUAUGUCCAUCGGUUAAGUUCUGUAGUUUUCUUUACAUAAAUCGUGCACUGAAGGAUUUGUCCCUAUUACAGAUGGCAUCCUGUUUUCCCAUUACACUGACCUAAUUUAUAUUGAUAAGUAGGAAAUCAUCUUUUGACUUUUAUAUGUUAAUUUCUUAAUCUAGGCACUUGACUGAACUCUUGUUAGUGACCUUCAUACUUAUUUCUUCUUGACUUAUUGCAUUGGCUAGAGAAACACUGGUGACAGAGUACAUCCUUGUCUUGUUCCCAUGUCUAAUGAGAUUGCUCUAAUGUUGAACCAUUACAUACACUUUCUCAACUUGAAGAAAUUUCUUUCUGUUCCUAGUAUACUGAGGAGUAUGCUUUCCACUGUAGAUGAUGCAAGAUUCCUAUAAAGGGGCUUUAAUUCUUUCCCUUAUAUUUUCCUUGAGAAUCCAGAUUGUCCUAACUGAAUGGGACCUCCUAGCAUAGACAUCCCAGCUGAGCCAAAAUGGCAUAGAAGUAUCUUCUCUUCCCUCCUUUCACUCACAUUUGACCCCGGAUGACCUAAGGGAAGAAAUUACUUUGCAUUGACAUUUCCUAUGUCCUCCUCACCCCCCUGAGAAAAAAUAACAAAUAAAAAAAUGUCGGUGCACUAACACCGGUACAUAGGUGCAGGCCGGUGUGUCCUUGGACUUAGAGAGUGGGACGUCUGGCUUGCGAAUGGGAACCUUCAUAGGAGCACGAAGAAAGAGCGGUUUAAAAAUGGGUGACGUUGAGAAGGGCAAGAAGAUUUUUGUUCAGAAAUGUGCCCACUGCCAUACUGUGGAAAAGGGAGGCAAGCACAAGACUGGGCCAAACCUCCAUGGUCUGUUUGGGCGAAAGACAGGUCAGGCCCCUGGAUUUUGUUACACAGAUGCCAACAAGAACAAAGGCAUCACCUGGGGAGAUGAGACACUGAUGGAGUAUUUGGAGAAUCCCAAGAAGUACAUCCCUGGAACAAAAAUGAUCUUCUCUGGCAUUAAGAGGUCAUCAGAAAGGGCCGACUUGAUAGCUUAUCUCAAAAAAGCUACUAAGGAGUAAUAAAUAAUAAAUAAUAAAUAAGGCCACUGCCUUAUUUAUUAAAAAACUGAAAUGUCUCAUGACCUUUUUUAUUUGCACCAUAUAUUUAAAUUGGUCUCAUACACCAUACACCAGAGUUCAGAUCAUGAAUGGCUGGUAGAAUGUUUCUUUUUGGACAGUCCUGACUUAAAUAAGAUUGGCUUGUGGUUAGAUGAAUAUGAUCAGAUUUUUGAACCUUGAUAGUAAUUCUAGUUCAGCAAGUGUGGUCACCGUUUUCCCCUUCCAAAGAUAUGAUUGGAUUUUAUUAGUAAUGUUCAACUUUCACAGGGACAGUGAAUACCAUCUCAAAACCUGUAAGAGGUUGGUUUUAUAUUUAGAUUUAUAUAACUGGUUGUAUCAAUAUAUUUAAAUACUGAAGAAAUACCCUCAUUGUCUCAAAGAACAGCAAGACUCACUUGUGUUUCAAGUUGUGUUCAUUAGCCUAUUAAAGGCAAGGGCUGAAGAUAAGUUGACAAUGUCCACUAUCUUUUGGUCUUGACUAUGCCAAUUUAAUUAAAAUAAGCUGUAUCUAAAAUGUUGCCUUUUACUUAAUGAAAGGCAUUUUAGUGUGGUUUAUGUAUGAUACUAAAUAAAGAAUAUUUAACACUUCUCACA